AACGCCUUGUCUAGAGUCAACUUCCAUUGGAAAUUCUUCAUAGUUGAGUUCAGCGUGUGUACAACGAUCGUGAAUAAACUCUGAUUACACGGAGCAUUACUUGACCACCCGGAUUCCAACAUAAAUUUGGUGUCAGAAGUGCCGUUGUUCAAUACGGAGCAUAUUCCGCACUGCAUGUAGUUGCCAAGUUCACACUCUGUUAAGGAAUCACUGGAUCAACCGAGUCAGUACCAAGCGUAGACAACACCGAAGGGAAGCAACAUGAAUUGGACACUCUGUAUACUCCUCGCACUUCCAUUUCUAACAAAUGGCCACUAUUUCUCUAAUACUCCAAUUACCAAUUCAAGUGGAAUAAUCUACAACAAAUUAGGAAUUGCAAAAACUUCAAACACUCAACUGGCACUACUAACGCACAUUAAUAUUACCUAUCUUGAUGAAGCUCGACUAAUAUUAGAAACAAUAUAUCUAAAAUCGAAAAAUCUUUGCACGUUUAAAAUGAAAGACGAGGAAGGAUAUAAUUAUACAAACUAUAAUUGCGAACAAACUCUAAACGUAAUAAAUGACGAACUAAAGAAUAUAAAUUCCAAACAUGAAAUAUUGCAUCAAUUGGCAGGUCAGGGAAUUGAUAAACGUAAACGUCGCGGCUUAGUUAAUGCCGUAUCUCAUGCAUUCAAGUUUCUUUUUGGUGUUCCUGAUGCAAAUGAUGCACAGUAUUAUACGGAUAGUAUCAAUAUGCUACUAAACAAUAAUAGACAGACACAAACUUUAUUAAAAUCUCAAAUUCAGAUUAUUUCCGGUACAAUAAAAAAUUUCAAUCAAUCUUUAGCAGCGCUGAAAAAUAACGAAGAUAUAAUGAACAGUAAUAUAAAUCGAAUUAACAAAUUCAUGACUGAUACAAAAUUAUACAUAACAGAAUUAGAAGCUCGAUCUAUAAUACAACAACAAAUUUCAACAUUAUUGUCCUUAAGUCACACAAUCACGCAGGAGUAUAAUAAAUACAUAGAAGCAGUAAACUUGGGAAGACACAACAUCUUAUCACCAUUAAUCGUAACGCCUGAAAUUCUGUUGAACGAGUUAACCAGCUACAAAGGGGAGCAUGAACUAGUAGUAUCCCCUAAACUCGAGACAUUGCCAAUAUUUUAUAAGAUCUUAGAUUUACAAGUAAUUCCGUCGAAAGAUUUUAUAAUAUUCGCUUUAAAGUAUCCGCUAGUAAAAAAAACGAUAUAUGAACUUUAUCAUUUGAUUCCACUUCCCGUUCAAUUUCAAAAUACCUCUUUUUUCUCUUAUAUUUCUCCCAAACAACCCUAUUUAAUGAUAACCCAACCUAAGACGCACUUUUCCCUACUACAAGAUUUAAGAAAUUGCAUUAUGUAUCUGGAGGGGAAUUACGUAUGUAUGGACGUCCAUACGACUAAAGCGAUCGAACAACCCACUUGCGAAGCCCAGCUGUUAUCACGUCGUACGAGUAAAAUACCGGAAGAUUGUGAUACGAAGACCAUCAGGGCCAGCAUCGAGACAUGGACGUACAUCCAGAACAACCAGUGGAUCUACGUUCUGCAAAAACCAACUACUGUAACCAUUGUUUGCCAAGGAGAUGGAUACCACAUGGAAGACAUAGUCCUGCACCAGACAGGUAUACUACAUCUAGAAAGUCAGUGCAAAGGAUACAGCAGUAUUUAUCUUCUGGAACCAACGAAGCAAACUAUAAGAAACAUCAGCCAUUACGUACCUUCGAUCAGUAUAGUGGACAGUGAUUGCUGCAUGGUGGAUCUAAACAAAGUCAAAAUUGAUGCGACACAUUUGGAACCGGUAAAACUGACAAAUAUAGAUCUAUCUGAUUUUAAAUACGCAACCGACAAACUAAACGAGUUCGAUCAAAUUCUAACUCAUAGUCUAAACGAACCAUUUAUAGUUACCCACACCCAGUGGUAUACAAUCACUCUAGGAAUAGUAGUUGCUGUUUUAAUAAUAAUAAUUUGUAUAAACUGUUGUCGUUGGUGCGGCUGCCUAGGACUACUGCAAAGAUUUUUCUGCUUCACGAGAUAUCCAAACGAAGGGGAGGCUGUAUCACCCAUGAUGAAAAAUCGUUAUUAAUUGAAACUUCGACUCAGACAUUCAUCAAGAGACGUUGUCACAUGUAGUAAUAGAAGGCGAACGAUUGGAAUUGGCAGUACCAGCGAGCAAUAAACUCCGAUUAUACAAACGGAGCAUUACUUGACCACCCGGAUUCCAACAGCUGUAAGGGCAGAAAGUAGAUCGUAAAUCGGGAUCCAAGUUUUACCAGCGAUUCUUCUCAAUUACAUCUUGCACGGGAUCAUUCAUCGCGCGGGAAAUAAUGCAACAUCGUUCAAUCUGUCGCGAUAAUUGAUCAACGUGUUCGCAUUCACUGGCUGGCGGUCAUUAAAGAAAACUGCCGUUAAUUAACGACGUCCCAAUAUUUGGUCUGCACACGGUGGCUCGUUUCGCAUGCCAUUAUUGUUGCGGCCGACAUGACAUAAUACAGCGGCUAGCAGCCAAACGGCAGCAUCAAUUAAUUGUACAAAUGCCUCGAUCGAUCAAACAACGCGCCUUUCCUUUCCUACCUCGUCGCUGAUUUUCGUUGAUUUAAUUUCAUCGAUGGCGCUACAGAGUGCUUCAAAACAAAAUUAACUGGUCGCGUUGACCCGUCAGAAACUCAUAAAUUAAUCUCGUAGGCAAAAGCAAGGCGUAUAAGAUACUAUUUCAUUUAGCAUUCUACGUUGCAAAUAAUCCAUAUGAUAUUUUUUUUAUUUAAUGUAUUUGGUAAUAUAUCGUGUCGCAACUUUGUUUUGUUCGA